AGCGUGACAGCUUCGCCGCAGCCGUUGCGCGCAACUACGCUCGGUUGUCAACCGUUGCCACAUUCUGACUCUGAUGUGGAAGACAACAUUGAGGACGUCGCAUACUAUUUGGAUGGCGCGCAGGCUAAACGUGAUGGAGUCGUUGAUUUCGUGGUGGAGGAAGCGGAAGAUGAGCACGACGACGGCAUCUCUUCGGCCAGUUCGAAUAUCACACAAACCAGCAGCAGUCGCAACUAUUCGCCUGAUUCCUCAUUUGAGUUGCAUUCGCCGCUAUUGCCAAUAUUCAAGGUGACACCGCCACAGCACAACAAAGGCAGCCGCAGCAAUCCCGCUUAUGAGUUUGCGCGCUUUCUACGCGGCUCCUUCCACGCCAAGCGCGCAUCGGUGACAAAAUUGCGGCGUUCCAUCAGCGACCCAGACACAUUUCAACACGUCGAUUUUACGCUACCCCCACCGCCGCCGAGUGAGCGCAAGAAGAGCAUUGGCGGAAAGCACGUAAACAGCGUGAAGUCCAAGCAAGCGGCGGUGAGAGGUGCUGCCGGAGCGAUGAACCCGUCGUCAGCAAAUGUCAUAUGCAAUCCCAAUCUCUCCGCCAAUGCCUCACCAUUCCGCCGGGCUUGGGGUCAGUCGUCCUUUCGCACGCCACGCACCGAUAAGCACGCCCAUCACCAGCAGCAACAGCUGCAAUUGCAACAACAAUCCGGCCAGCAUCAGCAUCUCAGUCCAUUAGUGCGUCGCGCCUCAUCGAUGACUGCCUCCGACAAUGAUGUCUACAUCAAGUCCGUGCAUCACGGCGGCUACCAUGAUGAGCUCAAACAAGCGCGUAGUCAACAUCAGUUGGCUACAGCAGCGGCUGCUUUGGUGGCUGCGAGAAAUGCCGAUUGUUCUGCGGGAUCUAUGGCAGCACCACAAUUGGCGACGACAAACGCCACGUGUAGUAACAAUAACAACAAUGGAGACAGCAAUGGCAUUGGACAGCUGAAAUUGUCACAGCUCAAGACCACACUUGCGCCUCCGCCCACAGAUAAUGGUGGCGUUGGCGGCGUGGCCGGCUGGGGUACAGCCUUUGAACGGUUGCUGGACGAUCCCGCAGGCAUGCACACUUUCGCCGAAUUUCUGAAGAAGGAAUUCUCUGCAGAGAAUAUCUACUUUUGGACCGCUUGCGAGCGCUUUCGUGCGCUGGAGAGCGCCGCUGAGCGUGCAACGCAAGCGCAGGCGAUUUUCUCGAAACAUCUGGCAAAUGGCGCUUUGGAGCCAGUAAACGUAGACUCGCACGCGCGUAGUUUGACACAAGAGAAAUUGCGGAGCGCAGAGCCGGAUAUUUUUGCGCCGGCACAGAAGCAAAUUUUUAAUUUAAUGAAAUUCGACAGCUAUCAGCGUUUCAUACGUUCCGACAUGUAUAAGAGUUGCCUAGAGGCGGAGGAGAAGCGCCAGCCAUUGCCGUACAAGGCGGACGAUUUAGAUGAAUUGCUACGAACGCCGGUGCAUCAGCAGAUGGUCGCUGCAAUAGGCAGCGCUGCGUCGAAGCUGAAGAAGUCCGCCAGCAAUGCAGAGGACCGCUGCCGCAAGAGUUUGUUGCCUUGGCAUCGCAAAACGAGCAACAACAAAGCACCACGUGAUGUUGCCGAUGCAGGCGCUGAAGCGAAAAGCUCAAGUAAUAAGCAUGCGCCACUUUCCAGUCACUCACUCAAAUUGGCGCACACACAGAAUUCACAAAGCGACAUACAUAGCUCGCGUUCGUCGCUCUCCUCCUUCGAUGGACUGCCUGGCGCGUCUAUACUGCCAGGCACGUGUCGCGUCAUCUUGAGUGAUGCCUCCACAACAAUGGUGCAAAUGCGCCCCAACGAAACCGUUGGUCAGCUAGUGGAACGUUUACUGGAGAAGCGUGGCCUUAGCUAUCAAUAUUACGAUGUAGUGGCCAAGGGUACUACCAAAUCGAUUGAUUUGCAAACUUCAUCACAGACACUCGUUGGCAAGGAUGUGCUCAUAGAGCAGCGUGUCGCUUUCAAGCUGGAUUUGCCCGAUCGCAAAGUCAUCUCUGUGAAAAGCAAACCCAAGAAGCAAUUACACGAAGUUGUGCGUCCCAUUUUGCAUAAAUACAACUACGAUUUCGAGGCAGUACAGGUGGUGUUGCGCGAAACGCAGGAGCCAGUCGACCUGUCGCUCACUGUGACUUACGCUGAUGGGCAGCGGCUGCAGGCUGUAUGGUUGAAGCCACCGCCAUUAAUGCUUAGCAGCGACUAUCAAAAUGGCAAUGGAUGCGCGGCCAAGGUGGCAAAGCCUUCGGCUUCGACAAAGAGCGUCUCCUUUCCCAGCAGCGUUAAGCAAGCGAAUUGUGGCGGCAGUGUACGCAAUGCCACCAAUGCUAAUGGUAUAGUUGUGAGUUCGCUUUCGACACAUCCAAAUCAGAGCGCCUUGGAUGAGCUGACCAACAAAGUGUUCACAGAGUUGAUGCAGGUUAAAGUAGAAGCCGCGAGCGCAGAAAAGCAACCGCAAUUGGUAGCAAUCAACAGCAAAGCGAAUGAUCUCGCUUCGCUUAAGUCCGAUGACUGCGCCUCAGAAACCUCAUCCAUUUUUGAGCGCAUACGUCGACGCGAUGCCAAUAUUGCUGGCCUCAAGCUGAAGCUAAAAAAGCGAUCCACAAGCAGUCAACAUUCCGAGGAGACGAAUCAAAGCAGUCAUACAACAGCUAGCAAUGGACAACUAGCCGCGCCUACAGUGUCCACUGCAGCGUUGGAUAUAAAGAAACCGAUUAUUGCAAAACUAAAAGCGGGUGUGAAACUGCAAAUGCCCGAGCGAGUAGCUGAAAAUCAAGAUGAACUACUCGAAGGCCUAAAGCGUGCCCAGCUCGCUCGGCUAGAAGAUCAACGAGGCACGGAAAUUAAUUUUGAACUGCCCGACUUUUUAAAAAAUAAAGAAAAUCUCAACGCUUCGAAAUUGCGUAAAGCGCGCGCUAAUCUCAGUCCUAUCAACAAGCCCUACACAGCUACUGCGGCCACUACUUCACCCAUGCAUGCCAGCUUCACCACUACCAGCGUCUCCACCGCCUCAGCAGGCACCGAGGAGCUACCCUCACCGCAGCUUGAACGUCCACAACCCGCGCCACGUCUUUCCAUAACCAACAAGUUGAAAGGAAACACACCUCUCGCUUCUGCUCUGAAGCCAGAGGAGGAGUCAGCAGCACCGACCACCACCAAUUUACUUGAAGGACAUCAAUCGCAGCCAACCACACCGCAACCAAAUACUUCGAGCUCAUCGUUAGAAGCUGAGUAUGCAGCGGUAGCGGGUAGUUGCAAGGGGCCACCCCCCUUGCCGCCCAAACCCAAAGUCUUGCCCAUCAAACCAUCGAAUUGGGGUGCUGCUUCUGCUGCUGCUGCCAACCUGUCUGCCUCGUCCACGACUACAUCGCCCACGGCUCCCUCAAAGACAUUGCCGUCGUUGUUGCCAGUGGCUGCACCUAAAAACUACACCACUGUCGGGUUGUCUAAGGGCAUUACCACAAUGGUGGAUGAUGCUCCAAAGCUGCUGCAUGUCGCCAACAAGCAUUGCUUAUCGAAUGAAAUUGUGCCGCGUAAAACGCAUUUGAGUUUAGCAGCUGAGCAGCCGACAUCAGCACGUUGUGCCUAUCUCGAGGAGCCGAGUAGUAGCUUUGUUUGAAUGGGGAGAGACAUUUAAAUAGACAUAUAUGUAUGUAUAUAGUAAGAUGAGGGAGGGUGUGUAAGGGUUAUAAGAUGGCUUGCAUUUUCCAAUUCCAUUCUUCUAAUAGCCAAAAUUAUUAUAAUAUUCAAUAUCCACGCCUAAGUGAUAAAGAUUAUAUAUGUAUUUACAAAUGUUUGUACUAUGUCCAUAAUGAACCAUUGCUAUUUAUUCGCAUAUUUCAUUUUCAAUUCAUUGAUAUUAUUAAGUUAUCAUUUUAUCUACAUAUGUAUUUGAAUGUAAAUAUUUGUAUGGCUUAGAUUUUAUUUAUAAAUUU